AUGGAGGAAUUAUCUCGAAAGUUGGGUUUCACAAGAGUAGAGUGUGUUGGUGCUAAUGGUUUGGCAGGCAGCUCAUGUUUGAUGUGGAAUAAUAGUAUCAAUUUGGUUGUUAAUUUCUUUGCUGAAGGAUUUUUCGAAGCUACUGUGUGGGAUUUCCAAACUCAAUUAUACUUGAAAUUAUAUGCGGUUUAUGGAACCCCAUAUUUAGGUGCUAAAGAGGCCUUUUGGAAGAGUAUGGAUGAUGAACUAUCUGAUUGCCAGCUUCCUUGGGUGUUGAUAGGAGAUUUGAAUUGCAUUUGCAGUCAAGAGGAGAAGGUAGGGGGCCGUAAAGUGUCCUCUGUUGAUACAAAAUUUUUGGGAGGUCUUAUUAGAGAACGACUCGAUAGAGCUUUAUGUUCGCAUGAAUGGUUGCUAGAUUAUGCCUCUGCACGGGUCAUCAAUUUGCCUAUUGCGAUUUCGGAUCAUGCUCCUAUCAUUCUUGACACUCAUUUAUUUUCUGCUAGGGGUUUCAUACCUUUUCGUUUCUUUGAAGCUUGGUCGUGGGAGGACUUGUGUAAGAAGGAAAUUGCCAAUGCUUGGUCAUUCUCAGGCGUCAAUGCUACUGCUUCCUUUAUCCAAAAUAUUCACAACUCGAGGAAAGCUCUUCAAGCCUGGAAGAAGAAUCUCAAAGGGGUUAACGAAGGCGACAUAAAAGAUCUGGAGAAAAGACUUGAAUGGGUCCAAAAUCAUCCUAUCACAGAUGCUUUCAGAGAAGAAGAUUCGAGAAUUCAUGCUCAACUGUCGGUUUCUUGGUCAAAAUUAGAGAGUAUGUGUAGACAAAAAUCCAAAGAGACUUGGCUCUCUUUGGAAGAUAGAAAUACUAGAUUCUUUCAUGCUGCAACAGUCAUAAGGAAAAGAAGAAAUAAUAUUUGGGCAAUCAAGGAUAAAGAUGGAAGAGUUUGGAAGGAUAAGAAACAUAUACCGGAAGUCAUUAACUCGCACUUCCUGGAGCUUUUCACAUCCUUAAGGUCGCACAUUGAUCAGGAGUUAGAAGACUUGUUCGUCAAAAGGAUUGACUCCAGUUCAAAUGAUAACUUUGCUAGUAUUCCCUCAUAUGCAGAAAUUAAGGAAGUAGUGUUUUGCUUGCAUCUUCUCAAGGCCCCGGGGCCUGACAGGUUUUCAGGUUGUUUUUUCCGUAAAUAUUGGGAUGUAGUGGGUUCAAAUCUUUGUGCCACAGUCAAGGAAUUUUUCUCAAGUGGCAGUGUGCAUCCGAAACUCAAUAAUACCUUCAUUUGCCUCAUUCCUAAAGUGGAAUUUCCUAUGAGUGUGGAUCAAUUUCGACCGAUAAGUCUUUGCAAUUUCUCUUACAAAGUUAUUGAAAAAAUCUUAUCUAAUAGAUUGAGACCCCUCAUGAAUGACUUGGGGUCUGGGGGUCUUAUGGCGUUGAAGCUCGAUAUGCACAAGGCCAAUGAUAAAAUGGAAUGGGGUUAUCUAGAUAGAGUCCUUUGUGCUAAUGGAUUGGAUGAAAGAUGCAGGAAGCUAAUGGCGUGUGUUACGAGUGUAUCGUAUUCUGAGGUUCUAUCUAAACUCAUUUGUAAGGCGGAAGAAAGAGGUUUUAUUCAUGGAAUUAAGAUUGCCCAAUCAGCCCCCCCCCAGUGUCUCACCUCAUGUUCGCUGAUGAUGCAAUCCUUUUUGCCUGUGCAAAUGAAAGCAAAGAAGAAUCUAAGUUGUAGAAGGAAAGAUCAUAUUUUGGGUACUUUCAAUAUUGAUCAAGUGCGUGGUGAAGAGAAACACUUGGGUAAUCCAUUUAUCUUCAAGAGAAGGAAAAAGGAGGAUUAUAUGAGGCUCAAGGACAGUUUGAUGAAGAAACUAGAAGGGUGGAAGAUGAAGCUCCUUUCGUAUGUCGAGCGUUUAACCUUAAUGAAGACUGUGACAUCAUCGAUGCCGAUCUAUGCUAUGUCCACUUCAAAGAUCUCAUUGUCUACUUGUCGUGAACUAGAUUCAUUGAUGAGAAAGUGUUUGGUGCUGAGUUGGGACAAUGUAUCAUUAACAUUUGGAAGAAUAAUCAAAGAGAGAAAUGCAUUUUUGAUUCAGAAUACAACAGUUAAUAUUCUCUCUGCCUUGGUAAGAAUUGAAAAGAGUGCUUUGGAGUACCAAGAUUUGUUCACACCAAAUAGGGGAGGUUGUGUUGAAGUAAAGAAUACAUUAGACAAGUUGGAGACAGUUGUGAACCCUGGUGUGCAGGACAAGCAGGUUGGCAAUGUAAUUUUCACUGAUGCUUCGUGGAUUAAGGGGGAUGCAGGCAUUGCAGCAGUUAGUGUCGAUAUCUCCAUCGGUUUCUGGUUUAUCAAAUCGCAAAAGCUUCAGGCGCAGUCGGCUUUGGAAGCUAAAUUUACAGCGAUUCUUCUUGCUCUUAACAGGGCAAUUGACUUAGGGUGGCGAGAUGUUCCUAUCCUCUUAGACUCGAAGAUCGUAGUUCAAGCCUUAACAGCAGUUUGA